AUGGAAACAAAGGGAAAGAACAACUGCAAGCAGACAGACUCCGUGACUCGCAAUAACCACAUCGCCAAGAUGACAACAGACGAUAAGCCAAGCGUGCCACGUCCUACCUCCGGACAUGGAUUCGCUCACCAACAAGUACGCCGAGGAGUCAGCAAAACGGUUUCGAUCCGACGGAAGCGCCCAAUACAUGGAGCUUGCCGAAGCGCAGUCCCCUGCGCUCGCAGACCUCGUCAAAGACCCCUUCAACGCACAAAUGCUCAACCCCCAAGACGGCGACAGCGUCAAAGUCCUGUCCUGAUCCUUGGCUGCGGAUUCUCCAGGCUCCUCCACGCCGUACACCAAGUCGAAGCUGGCACCGACCCCGACAAUAUCCGCCUCGUCGACACUGCCGGCGUGUUCGGGGGAACGUGGUACUGGAACAGAUACCCAGGCCCCAUGGUCGACGUGGAAGCCUCCAUUUACAUGCCCCUGCUCGAAGAAACCGGACACAUGCCCGGCCAUCGCUUCCCCCACGGCCCCGAAAUAAGACGGUACAUCAUCCACAUCGCGGAGAAAUAG